CUCGACGAUCCCGCAUACUUAUCUGGAGUCUCGAGAAUCUCUCGCUUGGAGCUGAUCGAGGCGGGCGAGAGUGAGCCGAGGGCGAAACGAUCUGAAUGUUUUUUUUUCUCAUUGCAGAAUGUGAAUGCGUGACAUUCGACUCCACGUUCGACAAGGAGCAUGCCGUGUUCACCUCCCCGGACUGGCCCACACCGUACGACGAGAACAUCGAGUGUGUUCUCUACCGUUUCAUCAGUGGCGAGAAUCAGAUAGUCAAGGUGUAUUUCGAGGAAUUCGAUCUACAAAAAACCAAUAUGGACUGCAUAUUCGGCGAUUACGUCAAACUGUUCCUACAUCUCGGUGACGAGGCUGCUGUCAACGAGAUAACACCGUUCAACUCUGUGCUCUGUGGGAAACUCAGCGACAUUGAGCAGAUCCACUACUCGUCGGGACGGGCGCUCAUCUUCGAAUUCCAUUCAGACUUCCGUCGGAGCAACAGUACCGGCUUCCGGGGAACUUUUCAAUUCCUUAAUAAGGAUCAAUUCAUGACCGAAGGGAUGCUCAUCGAGGACACGCACUGCGACUUCGUCAUGGACUCCGUGAAUAGGACGGAGGGCCGUUUCUUCUCUCCGCAGUACCCCUCGAAUUAUCCCCGUGAAAGCAGAUGCUCGUAUCAAUUUCUCGGGAGGUUUUCCGAACGCGUCAAAGUUGUUUUCGGCCAGAUCCGACUGCAGAAGGGCGACUACAGCUGUUACAAUGCGCCAGACAAAAUAACCAUCCACGACGGAAAGGAUCUCGGCGCACCCGUGAUCGGCACGCUCUGUAAUCGCAACAUGUGGGUAGAGCUGGUUUCCACGGGUCCAGACCUUCUCGUGACCUUCACCACGUCGUCGCACUUCCCUGGACGCGGGUUCUUCGGAAACUUCACCUUCAUCGAGAUGCUCUCUCCGCCGCCAAUUUCCGCCAGCAUCGACCAGAACAUGUACCCAUCAUCGCUCCAUCCGGACAAGGUGUCGUGGGAAACGUUCGGUCAGUUCCCGCAACACGGUGCCACCCAUGCAAACGGCAGCUGCGACAUGGUGAUAUCGUCGAACCACUCCAAGAAUGGCACCAUAACCUCGCCCAACUACCCGAACACAUAUCCGGGCAGCAUUAAGUGCACCUACCACUUCCAAGGCGAGGGGAAAGAACGUGUCCAGAUCAAGUUCACAGACUUCGACUUAUACAAGUCGAGUGACGACUCUCGAGAUUGCGAGAACGUCGAUUCCGUCGUGGUAUUCAUCACGAUCAAAGGACAACGUGAACGGGUGGACAACUUCUGCGGGAACACUUUGCCCGUGCAGAUAAUGAGCAAUGAACAUCGGAUGACGGUCAUCUUCCAGAGCCAUGCUACAGCAUCCCAGCCCGUCCAGGGGUUCAGAGCCAUCUAUCAAUUUGUAACUAAUUUUGGGAUUCCCUCGGGUCGUCAAGACCCGCAAGGUGUCUGCACGUUCAUCUACAACAGCAGUGAGGUGUCGAAUGGGACGUUCACCACUCCCAACUACCCAGGAGUGUACCCAAGAGACACCGAAUGUCACUACUUGUUCUAUGGCAAGGACAAGGAGAAGAUUCACAUUCAGUUUGCUUACUUCGAUGUCGAAGGCGUACCUCCCUGCACAUCGGACACGGCGUCUGACUACGUCGAGUUCUCCAACUUCAAAACCGUAGACCGAAAAAUACCUCGGCAUUGUGGCAAUAUGAAGCCGAACAAAAUCGAAUCAGACUCGGACUUCUUCCGGGUAGCUUUUCGCUCCAAUGAUAAAUUCGACGGAACCGGUUUCGAAGCCUUCUAUCAGUUCCGCGGCGUUCACGAAACAGGUAGGAUUCGUCAUGUUCAUAACGUCAGCGUAACCUCAACAAGAUAUCACGGUGUGAUUUCGCUCCCGAUGAUCACGCUGUUCGCCCUAGUUAUAAGUCGAGUCUGUACCCACAACUGA